CUUAACCACUUAUCCAAUCCGAAAAUCUCAUAAAAGUUUUGAAGCAUUCCUCGUUUGAAACGGGUAUUCGAAGCAUAUCAAGAUUUCAUACAACUUUAAUUUAUCUCCCCUCGUUGAUGGCCGACCCCUAGUCUCGCAAACGGGUGUUAUUUGAAUUCGAUUGCACAGCAAAAAAAGAAUGGAGAGAGUCUGUGAAGAGCUAGAUGAUGCUAAAGCUGAGAUUGAGAAGCUGAGAGCAGAAUACCAAAUAAAAGUGGAAUUAUCUGAGAGCUUGAAGAGAUUGCAUAAUGAGCAACUCAAAAAAAUCCACGAGGCGAGUGUGAAAAUUGAGAAGCAAGCUCAAGAACUCAAUGAAAAGGCAGAUGAAAUCUCGGCUGCAAAGCAAAUGUGUGAAGAUCUCACCUCUAAUCUGAAGCAAAAAGAGGCUAUCAUCAAGCAUCUCAGUUCUGCAAAUGAUAAGCUUCGUUUCGAUUCCAAUGAGAAGCUUCGAAAGUGGGAAGAAGAAAAUAGAGAGCUGGUCUAUGCUUUAGAUGAGGCAAAUUCGAAAAACAUGGAUCUAGAGCAAAAAGUUCAUGCAUUUGAGGAAGAAAUUGAAAGCCUUAAGGAGGGGCUCCUAUCUGUUUCACAAAAGAAGUGUCUGAAAGCAGAGAAACAAUCUAGACGGUCAAAAGAACUAGGACACAGAGAUGAUAUGUUAGUCAAAUUAGAGGAGGAAAACAGGAAGGUUGAAGAUCAGCUCAAGUGGAAGAAGGAACAAUUCAAACAUUUAGAAGAAGCCCAUGAAAAGCUUCGAGAUCAGCUCCAAGCACAUAAGAAAGAGUGGGAGAGGGAGAAAUCCACAUUGCUUGAUGAGAUUACUAUGCUGCAGGAUAAGUUGGAUUCUCAAACUAGAAUUUCAGAAGGUCUUCAAAGUCAUUUACAAAUGUGUAACCAUGCUCUUGCUCAUGAAGAGAGCCGGAGAAAGCUUCUGGAAGUUCAACUUUCUGAAUCCAGAUCAUGUUUUGAAAAUGUUUCUGCUGAGUGUGAGGAAGCAAAAUCCAAAUUUGAACUGUUGACUGAUCAGAGAGACACUGAGAUAGCAACUCUGAGGAAUCUGUUGGACACAAAGGAGACACUUCACAAAGAAAUGGUAUACCAAGUUGGGAAACUAGAACAAGAGAACCAGGAGUUGCAAUUAUCCCUCAAAGAAUUCCAGGAAGCUCAAACUCAGGAGGCAGGAACUUCUUCACUGUCAAAGGUGCGAAAGAAGCUUAAAGGUUUGGAGCAGAUGCACGGAGACUGUUCCAAAAACCUCAGAGCCAAAGAAGCCAAAUGGAGCUCUCAGUUGGAAAAAAUGGUAGGGGAACUGAAUGACUGCAGGUCUGAGUUAGAGAGGAAAGAUACAGUUAUAAAGGAACUCAAAAUGGAGUUGGAAGGUUGCCAUUCUUUAAAGAAGCUUAAAGGUUUGGAGCAGAUGCACGGAGACUGUUCCAAAAACCUCAGAGCCAAUGAAGCCAAAUGGAGCUCUCGGUUGGAAAAAAUGGUAGGGGAACUGAAUGACUGCAGGUCUGAGUUAGAGAGGAAAGAUACAGUUAUAAAGGAACUCAAAAUGGAGUUGGAAGGUUGCCAUUCUUUAAAGAUGCUUAAAGGUUUGGAGCAGAUGCACGGAGACUGUUCCAAAAACCUCAGAGCCAAUGAAGCCAAAUGGAGCUCUCAGUUGGAACAAAUGGUAGGGGAACUGAAUGACUGCAGGUCUGAGUUAGAGAGGAAAGAUACAGUUAUAAAGGAACUCAAAAUGGAGUUGGAAGGUUGCUAUUCUUUAAAGAAGCUUAAAGGUUUGGAGCAGAUGCACGGAGACUGUUCCAAAAACCUCAGAGCCAAUGAAGCCAAAUGGAGCUCUCAGUUGGAAAAAAUGGUAGGGGAACUGAAUGACUGCAGGUCUGAGUUAGAGAGGAAAGAUACAGUUAUAAAGGAACUCAAAAUGGAGUUGGAAGGUUUCCAUUCUUUGAUUAUGCAGUUAGAGUUUCAGAAUGAGGAGAUGUCUCUGAUCUUAUUGGUGUUGAAAUCAGUAAUUUCAGAGGCUGAAGAAAAGCUUGCUAAUGAGAAUGCUGAUUUGAAUCUGAAAGACGGUGUAAAGGAAAAGAAUGUAGCUCUUCUAAUGGAGCAAUUAGAGAUGAGGAGCGCUGCUCUUGUUAGAGCCAAAACAGAUGUUGAAGAAGAACGUGAGAAGGUAGUAUUAUUAUCGAAGAAGGUUGAGUCCUUGAAUCUUAUUGAACAGCAGCAGCUUCAACUGCAGAAAGAGCUUGAGAGGCACAAGGAAAUGCUCAAGGAAUCAUCAAUGCUCAAGGCACAAUAUAAUGAAGAAGAACAUGAGAAGCUGGCAUCUUUAUUAUCGAAGAAGGUUGAGUCCUUGAAUCUUAUUGAACAGCAGCAGCUUCAACUGCAGAAAGAGCUUGAGAGGCACAAGGAAAUGCUCAAGGAAUCAUCAAUGCUCAAGGCACAAUAUAAUGAAGAAGAACAUGAGAAGCUGGCAUCUUUAUCAAGGAAGGUUGAGUCCUUGAAUGUUAUUGAACAACAGCAGCAUCAAUUGCAGAAGAAGCUUGAGAGGCACAAGGAAAUGCUCAAGGCACAAUAUAAUGAAGAAGAACAUGAGAAGCUGGCAUCUUUAUCAAGGAAGGUUGAGUCCUUGAAUGUUAUUGAACAACAGCAGCAUCAAUUGCAGAAGGAGCUUGAGAGGCACAAGGAAAUUCUCAAGGAAUCAUCUACAUGUCAGCUUCGCUUAAAGGAGCAAGCUUGGCAGAUGGAAAGUGACUUAAAUGAAGCAAAUGAAGAAUUGGAUGAGAAGUUCUGUGAAGCAAGUGAGCUCGAAUUUGAAUUGCAGUUAUGGAAAUCUGUAGCUGAAAGAUUGAAAGCUAGCCUUGAAGAAAACCAUCAACUGCGUCUAGAAGUUGAAGCUUCUCUUCUUGCACAGGUAGAAGUUGAGGUCGCUCUCAAACAAGAGAAAGAAAGCCUUGCAUGUUCAUUAGAAGAGAGAGAAAGAAGAAUGAAAGAUCUUCAGCAACAGCUUCUGUCGUUGGAUCAGGGACUAAAGACAAGAGAAACAGAAACUGCCAAUACUACCAGACUGGAGACAACAAUGGCUCCAGCAAAGGAAAAGACCUCAGAGGAUCUUCAGAGUGAGAUCGAGUGGCUGGAGGAAGAGUCGGUGAGAAGAGAACUUGAAACAGCCAUUCUCGACCAAAUCAACACAGAAAGAACCUUUGUGUAUGAGAAAGAUAGUCUUCACCGGCUUGUAGAAGAGAGAGACCACAAAAUAGAUGAUCUCCAGCAGCUUGUCAGGUCAUUGGAAGAGAAGUCCAAAAGUUCAACCUCCUCUUUUUUGACACAACUAGCAGAGAAGCAGGCAGAGAUUAAACUGCUCCAUGAAGCUUGGGAGAAAGCCAGAACAGCUGAGGUUCUGAAGGAGAUAGAAAUCCAGGAGAAAAACUUGAUAAUUGUUGAACUAGAAGAUGAUUUCAGUAAUUUACAGGGGAAACUGAAAUUGCAGGAGAAAUCAUUGUCUAGUUCAAAAGAGAAGCGAAAGGAUAUUGAAGCUGAAUUAGAAGCAAAGCAGUUGGAAAUACAGAAGUUGAUUCGUCAGCUUGAGACGGAACAAAGUACUUCAGAUGCCUUAGUUCACAAGCUUGAGAGUGAAAAAAGGAAUUUACUUGAAGAGGUGAAGAAGUUGUUGUCAGAUAGGGAAUGCUUGUUGGAUUUUGUUGGAGGGCUAUCCGGGAGGAUCAGUGAACUCUCCUGCCAAGACACACAAUUGAUGGGGAUGUGGAGAAGAAUAGUUAAGGCUUUUGACAACAAUGAGAUGGAAAUAGGUGAUGAACUCUUUGAUUCUGUAAAAGAGAACAUGAAUAUGAAUUCCUCUCCCGCGGCAAAGAAAGUUGAUGCAGUUCUUGACGAAAGAUCGCCACUGAGAGCUCUCAACUAGAAAAAAAAAAAGAAAGAAAAA